UUUGGGCCGGAAAUAAUGGACUUGAAGACCAAGUCGUCUCAAAAUUGUUCAUGGAGUUAUGUGACGACCCCAAGUCGUCCCAACUUUGUUCAUGGAGUUAUGCGAAGACCCAAAGUCGUCCCAAAAUUGUGACUAAAACUUUAGCAUUUCUUCAUGUGUAUGUGUGGGUAUAUAUGUGUGUGUAUAUAUGAAGAGAAUGUAUCCAUAAAAUCUACUUUAAAGCAUUUCAAAAGUUACGGUGUAGGAGAAAUGGGGUUGGUUUGUUUCCUCGCUUCUUUUCUUCUGCUUGCAGCAUCUUCAUUUGCAAGGCAUCAAGAAUCUGAGCAAGGACUCAGCCAUUCAACUUUGCAUUUGUCCUUGUAUAAUGUGCAAAGACAUGACUCGCACAGAUCAGGACACCUCUUUGGAACAGACUCCAUCGACACACCCUUGAAAGCUGCUACUCGGAAUAAGGAGGGCAAUUACUAUAUCAACAUCAACCUUGGCACUCCGCCCAAACCCUAUGCCGUGAUGGUCGACACUGGCAGCUCCUUCUCGUGGGUGCAAUGCCAGCCCAAGCCAUAUCCCUCUGCAUCCCCCACCUUUAAAAAGUUACCGUGCUCGAAACCCGAGUGCAGUUUACGCGGGGAAGCCACUCCAGUUGACCCUAAAUGCACUGAUCCUAGGGAGUGCAAGUACAAUGCUAGCUAUGUGGACACAUCUUUCUCCUUUGGCUACUUGUGUCGGGAUUUACUGACCCUAACACAAUCAGAUAAACUGCCAGGUUUUGUGUUCGGGUGUGGGCAGGGCAGUCACGAGUUUACGUUUACCAGUGAGUUUGCUGGUAUUGUUGGCAUGGCUCGUGACAAUCUCUCCAUGAUCUCUCAGCUUUCGGCCAAGUAUGGACAUGACUUCUCGUACUGCCUCCCAACAGUGCAGGGACGCAGUGUAGGCUUAUUGUCCAUAGGAAAGGAUUCAUUGACGAGAUCAUCCUACAAGUUCACUCCAAUGCUUAACAUUUCCAAAGGUAACAGGGGUAGCAGCUUGUACGGCUUGAGUUUGACCGCAAUUGUAGUGGCGCGAAAGCCACUCGGAGUAGCAGAAGCCGAGUACAAGCGUUCAACGAUUAUAGAUUCUGGGACAAUGGUCACGCGCUUGCCCACAUCAGUAUAUAAAGUUCUUCGCGAUGAGUUCAGAAGUAUCAUGUCAAAGCACAAACUUAUCCGGACUAACCCGACUUCUGAAUAUCUCCGCACAUGUUAUAAAGGUAGUUUGAAGCAGAUGUCAUCAUAUGUGCCUGAGGUUCGGAUGGUGUUUCAAGGAGGGGUUGAACUCACUCUCGCACCUCAAAACAUUCUUGUAGAAGGGGACGAGGGCACUAUGUGCUUGGCCUUCGCAGAUUACUCAGACACUGAUGAAAUUGCCAUUAUUGGAAACAUUCAGCUGCAGACAUAUAGUGUGGCUUAUGAUGUCUCUAAUUCAAGAAUUGGGUUUGCUGCUGGGGUCUGCACCUAGUUAUUAAAAUGUUAGCAUCUUUUUUUCAUGUAUCAAACAUUAUGGCAUCUCAUGAAAAAGGAGUCGUGGGUAUGCCCUGCAACAACCCUCUCUAUAUGAUAGGUGAACAUUCCGUGACCCUAAAUUGUUGUUAUUUGGAUAGUAAAUCCCAUGUUUGUGUAUGAUUUUGUGUUAUUGUAUAAGAAAGUAGAUGAUAGAACCGAUUAACAAAAAUAAUAAGUUUUCAAAUAGUUUCAAGUAAA